UGAAAUCAGCUGGAAUCUGGAAUUUUGUUUACUUUCAGUUGCAAAGUGUUUACCUGAUUAAAAUGGUGCAGAUAAAUGCAUAUAAUUAUCUAAAUAAACUAAUAAUUUCAACGUGCAAUUAGUAAAUUACAUAUCUUCUUAAUUUUUCGGCAACAUAAAGUCGGGAUGGAUUCCUGUCUAUUGUGCUGUGCUGCUAUACUUGACACAAGUUCGACCUUAUCCACCACGCCCCCGUUAGUUGACCGUAGCGCCCGGGUAAUCUUCCUCCUCAGGAAACUGCUCAAUCUCGCCCCCACCGUGUGUGAAGAUCUCGUACGCAAGCACGGUCAUCCGGCCGACUGGAUUUCGCUGUGUCCCACCUGUGACGACAUUGUGACGCAAGGGACCUGUUUGUUCGACCAGAUUAAGAAGUUGGAGCUGGAAUUUGACGCUGUGAAGGAGGAGGUCAAGAAGUUGGUCACGGUGAAGCAGGAAAUUCGGGAGGAUGACGGCGACCACGAUAUGGGCGACUCGGCGACCAGGACGAUUAGACGGCACCUCGCAUGUUGCGGAAUUGUGGGAGGAGAAAGCGAUCUCCGGAACGGAAUAGACAUUGGCGGAGAAAUAUAUCCAGAUAUUUGUUCAAUGAAAAUUGAGGAGGAGGAGAUCGAUCCUGGAAAUGAAGAUGCACUUUCUACUACCUUGCAAAACGUCGAAAUUCCCGUGACCUUUGCUUCGACAGAGAGCCAACCCACUUCAAAAAGGAGAAAUAAAGGUCUUAAAGGAAAAUUAGGAAGGCCUCCCCUUAAAACUGGCAACGUUACUCGGUCGAAGAGAAAUCUAGGGAAAAAAUCCAAACGGAAACAACGCUUCAAUUUCACUAGGGAGAAAAAAUUCGGCAAGGAUGGAAUGGAUCUAGACGUAGAAAUUCAUCCCCCAAAUUUUAAAUUCGAUUUAGAAGACAACGAAGAAGGAUUAGUGAACCAUCUUGAGAACGAAAUAUUCGAGAAAAUCAUUUCCACCCCUGAUACACAACAAUUCCAGCCCCCAAAGAGGGGAAGAGGACGCCCAAGAAAACAAAUUUGCGCAGAACAAGAAGUUGUAAAAGUUAUUCCAUUAUCGCACGUGGAAAAUUCUGACAGCGACGACGAGGAAUCAGAUCCAGACGAAGAUGAUCAUGACCCGGAUUAUUCCGGUGAAGAAUCUCUGAAAAGUGGGUCGUCUCCAAAUUAUUGUCACUCUGAACCAGCCUCUCCCCCUCCAGAUGUUUUACUUUCUUGGCUAGAAAUCAUAUCCGCGUUUCCUCCUCCUCCCACCGUGCAGGACGAAACACUCGCCCCAUACCAAAGGCGGAAGAUAGAGUUUGAAAGGCUGGCUAAAAUCGCGACAAAACAUAGAAUCACGUCCUUCCCCUGCCCCCACUGUGCCAAAGAGAUUGCUACCAUCCCAUCCUGGUCUUCACACGUGGACUGGUGUUCCGGGAAGACGGUGGGGUAUAAAUGCGACACGUGCGAAAAGGUCGUGCGGGCGAGGCACACUCUGGAAACGCACGUGCUAUCACGUCACAUCCCCCGCGAAGCGCUCACGUGCCGCGGAUGUGGCAAAUUCUAUCCUCGCUGUGAAGGUUUUGAGGACCACGUCAAAGAAAACGCGGAUUGUGCUAAACACGCCAUUUUCUGCCCGCACAAACCAUGUGGGGGUGUGUUCACUUCAGAGCAAGUGUGCGAAAUCCAUGCGGAAUGUCGUCACAGUGUGAUCAACCCGUACAAAUGUGGAGUGCCGGGUUGUGGCAGAAGUUUUGGAGUCAAGCAUAAGCUCAAGUCGCAUAUGGAAAUGUAUCAUUCGGGGAGAAAUAGCUUCGUCUGUGACCAAUGCGGGAAGGAAUUCAGAGAACAAGACAAUUUACGGUCACACGUUAAGCGCGUCCACUUAUCGCGAGCCGAGGGAGCGCCCCGAUUCCCGUGCGAUGUGUGUGGCAAGGAAAUGAUAUCAAAAUCCAAGUUGAAUCGGCACAAGCAGAUUCACAUCAAUCCGGACGACGCCCCGCAUCUCUGCACCCUCUGCGGGAAGAGGUACCGGCUCAAGGAGUAUUUGAAUAUUCACAUGCGGUCACAUGAUCCCGACAGGCGGGAAAAGUAUUCCCACUACAUGCCCAAGAAGAAGAAGAGGGGGGAUAAAGAGGUCAAGAUGGGCGUGGCUGGGGCGAGGAUUGGAAGACCAAAGAAAACUGAAGGCAAGAUAAUAGAGAUCAGAGAAUCUGAUGGAGAAUGAAUUUUCGCAAAAUUUCCAGAAACAAUUCCGCCAUUUUUUGGUACAUAUAUAUUGUGUACUUAUUUCUAAUCAAGUCAUUUUUACUAAGAGUAGAAAAUUUCAUUUUUACUGUGUCGUCAAUGUGCACUAUGAACUAUUAUCUUUUUGGGGACCAUUCAUAAAUUAUGUAACGCAAGUGGGAGGGGGGUCAAGGUUCAAAUGAUAUCAUAUCAUACAUAUGUAGUAAAACGGGAGGAUUUUUGCGUUGAAUAAUUUCUGAACGGCCUCUAAAAGCCGAAACUUAUAUGCAAAAUCUUUAACAAAACUUAUUACCCAUCAUUAAUGUAUUUUUGAGUAUAUGUAACAUUAAAAAUUGAGCGAAAGUAGA